AUGGUGUUCACAAGACCUUCAGAUAUUCCAUUUCCCAAAACAUGGCAUCGGUUCUCAUCUGACAAGGGACCUUUAAGGAUUCAGGACUUGACUGAUGAUCUAUUUGAUGAGGCAGUUGAACUCCUGACUCGAUACUUCAUGAGGGAUGAGCCUCCUUGCAAGUAUAUUGGUAUCCAAAACUACCCUUCAGCGAUGAAGGAGCUGCAGAAGCUCUGGCGGUCUCCCCUCAAGGAGCACCUGUCUCUGGUCUGCGUGGAGGACAAUGAUGACCAGCCUCCGAAGGUCGUUGGAGUCAACGUGCUCACUGUAGUCUGCAAGGAGGAUAAGGAAGAGCCAUUUCAUACGGAAGACAAAAUCUGGGCUCAACUCUUCGGUGCAGUGGACCUGGUGACCAGGUCAGUAGACGUCUUCGAGAGGUACGGCGUGGACAAGUAUCUGACUGCGUACGGGCUGGUGGUGGACCCGAGCUGGAGAGGCUGUGGGGUCGGGAAGGAGCUGCUGCUGGCUAGGAUUCCAUUAUGCAAGGCACUCAACAUCAAGGUAACAGCAACUGUCUUCACAGCGGGCGCAUCUCAAGCAGUCGCAAAAAAAGCAGGCUUUGUGAUCUUUUUGAAAUAA